AUGUUUGCAAGAAACGUUAGUGCUACUCUACGCCAAACCCCUAGAUUUAUCACUAAGAGAACAAAGGUCACCUUGCCCGAGCUGGACUGGGAUUUUGGUGCCCUUGAACCUCACAUCUCUGGUCAAAUCAAUGAAUUGCACUACACCAAGCACCACCAAACCUACGUGAACGGUUUCAACACUGCAUUGGACCAAUUAGCAGAAUUGACUUCAUCCAUUGAGAAGGACCCAAAUCCAAAGACCGCUAAGAAGAUCCUUGGUGUUCAACAAAAUUUGAAAUUCCACGGUGGUGGUUACACCAACCACUGUCUAUUCUGGAAGAAUUUGGCACCUGCUUCUCAAGGUGGUGGUGAACCACCAACUGGUGCAUUGGCCGAGCAAAUCAAGCAACAAUACGGUUCUUUGGAAAAGUUGCAAAAGGUCACUAACGCCUCUUUGGCAGGUGUUCAAGGUUCCGGUUGGUCCUUCAUCGUCAAGGAUUUGGACAACGGUGGUAAGUUGGACGUUGUUCAAACCUAUAACCAAGACAGUGUCACUGGUAACCACGUUCCACUAGUGGCCAUUGACGCUUGGGAACACGCUUACUACUUGCAAUACCAAAACAGAAAGGCAGAAUACUUCAGUGCCAUCUGGAACGUUAUCAACUGGAAGGAAGCUGCCAAGAGAUUUGAAAGUGCUUAA